AUGCGCUUAAAUGCCUCAAUUGAUGUGGUGAGGUUUCACUUAAGAAAUGCAUUGCCAUUUAGUGGUCAUGAUGAGAGUGAAGAAUCUGAAUACAAAGGUAUUUUUCUUGAACUUUUGGAAUUUCAUGGAGAUAAGCAUCCAAAUGUGGGAAAAGUGAUAUUAUGUCAUGCUCCAAAAAAUGAUAUGAUGAUUUGUCCAACCAUUCAAAAGGAGAUUGUGGAUGCUUGUGCUAAAGAAGUCAUUAAAGCUAUUAUCAAAGAUCUAGAUGGUGAUUAUUUUGGAAUAUUGGUUGAUGAAUUAAAGGACAUCUCACAUAAGGAGCAAAUGGCCCUAGUUCUACGAUAUGUUAACAAAAAUGGGGAGGUGAUAGAGAGAUUUUUGGGCAUUGUCCAUGUGAAAGAUACAUAUGCACAAUCACUGAAGGAUGCAAUUUAUUCUUUACUUUUGGAUAACUCACUAAGUUCAUCCAAGAUACGUGGACAGGGUUAUGAUGGAGCAAGUAAUAUGCAGGGAAAUAUAAAUGGCCUAAAAACUUUAAUUUUGCAAGAUGCUCCAUCUGCAUAUUAUAUUUAUUGUUUUGCUCAUCAGUUGCAAUUGACACUUGUAGCUCUUUCUAAAAAGCAUUCGAAUGUGAAUAAUUUCUUUGAUGUUGUCACUAAUUUGUUGAAUACUAUUGGAGCAUCUUUUAAACGCAGGGAAUCACUUCGACAACACCAAGUAGAUAAGCUGGAAGAAUUACUUAAAAAUGGAGAAGUUUAUACCGGGCAAGGAUUGAAUCAAGAAAGUAGCCUUCAACAAUCGGGUGAUACUCGUUGGGGGUCUCAUUUUAAGACCUUGGAAAAUUUGAUGAUUAUAUUUGUUUCAAUUGUUAAUGUGCUAAAAGAUAUGCAACAGGAUUGUCUACUUUCUCUUGAUAGAUUUGCGGCAAAAAAUCUUUUGGAUAAUAUUCAAGAUUUUGAAUUUGUGUUUAUGUUGCACUUGAUGUUCAAGAUGUUGCUUCUUACAAAUGAAUUGAAUAAAACUCUACAAAAGAAAGAUCAAGAUAUCAUCAAUGCUAUGAGGUUACUUGACCUUGCAAAGACAAGAUUGCAAACAAUGAGAGAAAGUGAAUUUGGGUCUUUGAUGGAUGAGGUUUACUUAUUUUGUGGUAAACAUGGUAUUUUAAUUCCCAAAAUGGAUGAAAACUAUCCAAGGUCGAAGCGUAAGAGGUCGGAUGUUUCAUAUUCGCAUCACUUUCAUGUGGAAUUAUUUUAUGCUAUUAUUGAUUUCCAACUUGUAGAGCUCAAUUAUCGUUUUGGUGUAGUGACUAGUGACUUGCUCCUUAGUAUGGCCAGUUUGAAUCCGGUUGAUUCAUUUGCUAAUUUUGAUAAAGAUAGAAUAAUGAAGUUGCCCAAGUAUUAUCCAAGUGAAUUUGGUGAUAGGGAGCUUCGGGAUCUCAGUUACCAGCUCGAUAGUUUCAUUGUCUAUGCUUGA